GAUCAUUCAGUCAGUGCAAAACAACACUAUUUUGAAGGCGAGUGUUGAACUAAAUGUCAAUUUGGGUUUUUGUUAUUAUUCAGAAAUGUAUUACUUCUCAUGCUUCUAUAAUGUUACUUUAAUUGAUUGUCGUCAUAAAUGAGCAGUAGUUGUGUUUUGUGUAAAAUUAAUUACUACGCGUGUAAUCUCUACUCAACUUGCUUCUGGUAACCUUAAAGUUAAUAAAUGUUUACAAUGCCGACGAAUUUCGUGAUAUCGUAGCCAUGGAUUCUAUCGAAGACGGUGGUUGUGUGAGAAAAUCCUAUAAACUGAAUAGUGACGAUGAUAUAAGUAGGAAUUGUAAAGGAUCAUCAAAACAGCGAGGUUUGAACGAGAAUAGUGAAAAUGUGCGUCCUGCGUCGGAUUCCAUUUCCAAUGACACAAACUGCGUACCACCGAAUGAUAGCCAUUCAAGGCGCUCGAUCUGCUCGAGCAGCGGCGAGCCAGGGCCAUCGGGGAGACUCGUCGCCGACAGUGAGGAGUGUUGUAAUAAAAACAUAGCUAGCAGCCAGGCUGUAGGUGCCAGGGUGAACAACAGUUACCUUGAGGUUGCAGGCAGCAGCAAGGCUGAUACCAUUGCGCGAGAUAAUGGCAUCCCCAGCACCCAGGAGCUACAGACCUGCCAGAGACACAAGGUGUGCCAGGAAAAAGCUGGAAACACCUACAAUUUAAAUUUCCCUUCAACAAGUGCCACAAGCAGGGUUUGUGAUAAUUUCUUUGACUAUGCAGGACUGAGAGAAAAUAGGAAGAGGCCUUCAAGUUUGAAGUUAAACAGGCCUAACUUAGAUGCAGAUGACAGCUCAAGCGACACUGGUAAUGACGACUACUCUUUAGGCUCUGAAGAUGGCUGUAUCUAUACUUACAGAGGUGGGGAGCACUUGGCAGACCUGCCUAGCUCCUUCUUCAGUCUUGACAUGGGCCUUCCCCUGGACAGGCACCUCCCCAUACCCCCAUUGUACCAACAGCAACCUGCAGGAGCGAAUGCUAGAGAACAUGGUUCUAGAGCUUCAAGUCCCGACAUGGACUUUUUAGAAAUGGACUUUGACCCUGGACCCUCUUGUGAAGUGGACACCGGUGAUGAGUCCACACCAGAUGCUGAUUUAGAUGUGGCCGUGAACAUGCCUGAGGAGAAUGAGCCUGUGUUACGGGAACCUACACCAGAAUUUGUUCCAUUAAGAAACCCUGAGCCUAGUAGACCAGUUAGUUCAACAUCACAAUGUCCAGAACCUUCUAGCCACCAUAACAGCAUGCCAUCCACUAGCAGAGGCAUACCUACAGCACACAGUAGUGCAAGAGAAGAUUCUGGAAAUAACUACACCUUUGGCCCAUACAUUACCCAUGUUAAUUUUAAAGGAGAACAGCUGAAAGUUCGCAGGACAAUGGCACGGGGUCCCUGUAUUUUGCCGGUCAGCCUGCAUCUUACAAAUGGAGACUUGAUUACACCUAGAGAAGUAUUACAUCAUGACGAAAAAAUUGAAGAAGAGGAGCCGCCCCUAGCACAUCAGAUCAACCAAGGUGAAGGCUCGGGGAUCGACCCUGUGCAUGUCUCCACGGCUCUGUUCCACAUGACCAUGGCCAAGAAGCUGAUGCUGGACAAGAAUCGGUCGGAUGAAGAGACUGAAGGAGCUGUGGUGUCCGGGGAAGGCCCGUCAAGUUUAGGAGUGACAGAACCACCUACCAGCAUGGUAUGGUCCGAGCGCGAGGCGUGCGAGCGCCAAGUCACGCAGAUAGGCGUCAGCGCGUGCGGUGCCACUGCCGUUGUUAACGUUUUCAUUGCAUUAGGCGUUCCAGUUAACAUUGAAAAAAUUAAUACAUCUGUUGGAACGAGGCAAAGAGCCAACAACGCUCCAAUACCCAGGUACCUGCUAUCGCGUUCGGUGGCCGGCUGCACGGCGGCCGACCUCGUGAACGGGAUCCAGAAAGCUUCCGAAGGUCUGGUGGCGGCCAGGUUCUUCCCCAUGUAUCCGGAGCGAGCGGUGUCGCUGUCGCAUUGGCUGGCGGAUUGGAUAUCAAUAGGGGCCGUCCCAAUUUUAACAAUGAACCUGCAAGUAGGCUGCGAAGGUGAAAUCCCCGACGCGUGGCACCAUCAAAUGGUGUUUGGCGUCUCGCCCCGCGGCAUUUACCUCAGCAACCCCGUAGAGUGUACAAGAGAAUGCGCGCUGUGGCCGAAACUUACGUCGCCGUCGGUACUGCUGGUCAGGACGAGGGACGUGCUGUCAAGAUUCACCCCGGAUACCGAUCUCACCCCGCUCAUGGCUGUGCCAGAUAGAAGGUUCAACACGUUUAACGUAUUAGGUCAAGUAGUAAACGUGAUACGCGAAUGGCGCUUGGCCGACUGGUGCGCGCACGGGACUCGAACGCGUUACAUCCGGCUGCCGGCCGCCUACCAGGCCGGCGUCACCGUGGCCGCGCUCACCGGCUCGCACGCGCACAGGAGGCUCGCCACGGCGGCUCAACUGCCCAUACUGGCCCCGCAUGUUGAGAAGUUCGGCGUCGGCUAGUUGGGAGGGAAACUUGUGAAUAAAACCUGUAUUACAACUAUGAAGGGCGCUAUUGGUAAAAAGAGUGAUAAUUAUAAAGAGAUGUAUGUACUUUAUGAACACGUUACCUAUCGUCGCCGUCACUGUUGCCGCUCUUACCGACUCCGCGGCACACUAGUGACUCACCACGGCGGCUCAACUGCCCAUACUGGCCCCGCAUGUUGAGAAGUUCGGUGUCGGGUAGUUGGGAGGUAAUAAUGUUGCAUUGUUGGAAUUUGUGCGAGCAGAAUCUUGUGAAUAAAACUUGUAUUACGACUAUGAAGGGCGCUAUUGGUAAAAAGAGUGAUAAUUAUAAAGGUACUAGCUUUUGCCCGCGACUUCAUCUGCGUGGAGUUAGUAAUUUGGGUAGCUUAUUUUUUAUCUAAUCUGCUUUUUAUCGUUUCCCCAUACAAACUUCCACCCCCCUUUUAACCCCCUUAAAGGAUGACUUAUGUCCUUCCCCAGGGAUCAAACUAUCUCUAUACCAAAUUUCAACUAUAUCGGUUCAGCGGUUUAAGCGUGAAGAGGAGACAGACAGACAGAUAGACAGACACACUUUCAAUCAAUCAAUCAAUCUAUUUUAUUUCAAAUCUCUACCGGCGCACUGAGAAACGGGUCGAGAUUUUGUUUGAGUGCGCGUGCGGCGACGCAUAGAUACUAUGGCGCACACAUACAAGUCGCGCGCGGUGCGUUGUAUGAAGAUAACAUACUUUGCCCUAUUUAUACUAUGCUUUUAUCAAUUCAAAAACUGUUGCGAUUUUUGCUCUAACUGUCAGUAGAUUGCGAUGUUGUACGUAGACAUUGCCUUUAGAAAGGGUGUCAUUGUGAAAUUUGUAAAUACUUUUAGAAGGCGGAGUCAACCUAAAAACCCACCUUGAAUUCCAUUGCGUGUCAAAAAGUCAUAGCUUCACUGACUGGUCUAAAGAUGGGUAAAAGAGACCUUGAAAAGUUAUUUACAAUGCAUGUGCUUGAAAAGUGCGUUUCCUACGGAGCCAUAUCAUGCGGAAAGUACUACUUUUCCGCACUAGUGCUUUUUGUUUUCAAUUUUUUUUACAGUACAUAUGGUGCUACUUUCUCGCACUAGUGCGAAAAAGAGCACUUUUCGUGCAUAUGUCGAAAGUUUAAAGGGCCAUAUGUACUGUAAAACGUUGUACGAUACACGUGCGAAUAGGUAAUUUGCAACUCGUGUCGAUUUAAAACACUCCUUUUAAUAAUUAAACUUAUUUGCCAUGAUAUGUUUUUUAUUUACUCGCACAAUGCAUAGUAAAACAUUGUAUGAUUCACGUGCGUAAAUAUGAUUUCCGACUCGUAUUCCUUCAUACACUCGCUUUGCUCGCUUGUGAAUAAAAUUUCACUCGUCGGAAAUCAUACACUUUCCGCACUUGUUGCAUAAAUAGCUAUUUUAUCACUCACUAAUAAAAUAUGAUCUUUUCCUGUUCUGGACAACACUUUUCUACAUAAUCUACGUAUUAUUAAUGUUUACCUGUUAUUCUCUAUUAUUAUUGUACCCUGGACCAAUUUUCUAUCUAUGCACUUAUUAUUUCGUACCACACACAACAUGAAAUAGGUAGCGCCAGAUGUGUUAUAGGCAAGGUUAAUAGAUCACUAGUUAGCAGUAACAUAGUUAACCUUAAGCGUAGUGUGAUAUUCCUAUUGUUUUUUUGUGUCCCACUGUUGGGCAGAUGCCUUCUCUUUCUUCUAUCACUACGGUGUCGUAAAUACCCCGCCAGUCCCUAUAAAGGCUUCAAGGUCCAUCUCUUUUUUGUCGAAUUAAGUACAUUCUGUUUUUGUUUUUUGCUUUUAUGUAAUACGCAUUGUAUGUUAUUUUUUUCUUAGCAAGGUAUAUUUGGUUAUGUACCAGACUGUACGAAGAUUCGGAAAUAUCAGCAUCAAAUCUAUAAGCUCAGCUAGAGAAAGAUCGAAGCGACAUGUUUGUAAAGUUUAAAUUUUAAUUAUAAUUUGAACUGUCAUAGAGUGCAUUUUCUUUAAACUCUCAAUUAUAUUUCGAUACUUUCCUGCAUGAACCUGGACUCUUAUGGCUAUCACAUUAAGGACAACUAUUACUUUGGUUAGUUGCAAGUUUCAAAUAAUAUACACUGUUGCUUUUACGUUUUUGCCUAUAUUCUACGAUUAUGGACAAGUCUUAUGAGAAAAGGUAUGCAUAUAUUUUAGUCUUAUUCUUAUGUACAAUAUAUUUGUAAUACCAAAAGUUUAUUGUUAUAAUAAACCAAGUUCUCAUAAGUAUUUACCUAUAUUCCUUUACCUAGUACCUUCAUAAAUACAGUUAUAUUGUACCUUUAAUACUUUACAUUAUAAACUCUUUAUAGUGUUAAUAUUUACUUAAUUUAAGUAUUGUUUUGUGUUUCUUUUUUCUUGAUUUAUUUUUAUAAUUUCGCUCAAACGUUUGAUUUCAUAUUUCAUUGUGUAAAAUUAAUUAUAGGACUUAGCGUUACUGUGUAUCGUCAAUAGAGGUUAUGUUUUGGCUAAAUUUUAUUAGCCAUGGACACGAUCGUAAAUAUAAGAAGCUUAAUCGUUCACCGCCACACACAACACCAACACUUAUUAUUAUAAGCGUAGGUCGCACGCCAUUUACGACAGCGUGUCGUUAAAAUACACAACGUGGUAAAACGCCUGUCUAUUCAUCAUAAAAAAAAAAACAAAAAAAAAACGUAACGUGUGGUUAACGGGUGGAAUCACAUCUAUCAGUUUAAAGAUUUAAGCAUACAUAGGGACAUACAUCCAUCCAGAUAGCAGGAAGCGACUUUGUUUUAUACUAUGUAGUGAUAAAUCGCUCGUUAGUAUGAAGAUGCGUACGCAUGCUUUCAGCUUCCCGAUGCGUACCUACGUACGUACGUACUCGUAAAAUGUGGCUCAAUGCUGAUAGAUGUGAUUUCGCCCUAAGGCGGUUAUUACACUGUUGCGGGUCCGCACGCCGCUCCGGUGUGUGAGCGAGACAGCGCUAUAUACACAUAUAGCAAUGUCCCGGAUCCGCCUUCAAUGUAAAGACCGAGUUAAUGCUUAAGGUGUAAGCGCGUGGCGCUGAAUGUGUUAAGUCAGAGGUUCCCAAACAGUGCGCCCCGGCGCCCUGGUGCGCCGUGAGGCAAUCUUCCUCACCAUGUUACCUAUUUCGAAUAGCCUAGAUAAGGUAAGGUAAGGCUAGGUAAGGGCGCCGAGAUUAAAUUUUAAACUUGUGAAUGCGCCGCGGACUCAAAAAGAUUGGGAACCUCUGUGUUAAGUGAUAGUUUACAGGAAAAGGGACCUUAUGUGUGCCACAUAACGUCGAAAUUUCAAUAAUAUAAGUUCCCUUUUCCAUCGCAUCACGAAUAUGUAUUAGGGCAAAUUGGUGCUUACUAGUCAAAAUUAUAUUAGCACAUGUUAUCUUAUUUCAGAUCAGUUAAACCUCUGUAACCGACCUACUGCACAGUUCAUCCAGCAACAUAAGUUACGUGUUCAAUGUGUUUAUUUAUAUUAUCUUAUGAUAAUUCUGUGGUUGUUAAGAUAUGUUGAGGCUUGGUACAUGAGAAUACCUUCUAUUCGUCACUUAUGGGAAUUGGUAUAGAAAAAACUCUUCAGUAAGGCUUAGAUUUUUUCCUCAAAAUGUAAAUAAGAAUAUUUUUGAUCAAGCCAACCACCUGACUAUACAUCUCAUUAUAAUUUGAUGUGUUAUUAUUAGUCCGUAGAACUGAGUUCUAAACAAAGCAAAUAAUAUUUGUAUGAACAUCGCACCUCUAUGAAAUGACCGUUUUAUUUCUAUUAUAAAUUUUCCAAUCCCACGCACACAGUCAUCUUCAUGCAAGCCAACUGUACCAUUUCUAUAACCAUGAAGUAUCUUAAUAUGGACGCGAUAAUAUAAUGCGUUUAAUCCCAAAAGCACCCAAAAGUUACCACCUCCGAUCGAAUUCCAACCUUAUAAUAAUAAGCAAGGAGUUCAAGAGAACGAUUGUGUUACGCUCGGUGGCGACUUCUGGGAAUGACCUGUUUGUUUCAUUGUAUUCUAAUCAUAAGCAAGAGACGGCAACAUAACAAUGGAUGUAAAAGCAAUGUUAUGUUAUGUAUAACAUUAUAUUUUUGGAAUAUACUACGAUAGAA